CUCUCCCAGGCGAGAGGACCAGCGGAGGCACCUCUCCGGAGUCUUAGGCUGCAGAGUCUAAGACUUAGAGAGAGGGGCCCCAGAGGAGACGGACUUUGCCACUCUUUUUUCCCAUCCCUUCUUUCUGCCCAGAGAGGCAAGCAGAGGCGCGGAGCUUUAGAAAGUUGAGUGGUCAGGAAGGUAGGUGCUUCCCUUUUUCCCCUCGAGUCGAGGUGGGGCUGGGACCACUGGACCCAGCUUCUUCCCUCGCGAGGAGCACCUUUUUCGGCUCUAGCGGCCGAUGCGCUUCGGAGCUGCUCUCUGCAGAGCCAGAGGGUGGGUCGGAUUCGCCGAGUGUGCGUGAGGAUGGAUCGUAGAUCCCGACUUCAGCCAGGGCGCCGAGCUCGCCACAAUUACAACGAUCUGUGCCCACCCAUAGGCCGCCGGGCAGCCACCGCGCUCCUCUGGCUCUCCUGCUCCAUCGCGCUCCUCCGCGCCCUUGCCACCUCCAGCACCCGCGCCCAGCAGCGCGCGGCUGCCCAGCGCCGGAGCUUCCUAAACGCCCACCACCGCACUCCCGCCCAGGUAUUUCCCGAGCCCCCUGAAUCUGACCACGAGGACAUAGACCUCGAGCCCUCCCUCCCCGAGUGCCCAGAAUACCAGGAAGAAGAGUUCGACUACGAAUCCGAGACCGAGUCCGAGUCUGAAAUCGAGUCCGAGACCGAAUUCGAGACCGAGUCUGACACCGCCCCCACCACUGAGCCGGAGACCGAGCCCGAGGACGAGCCGGGCCCCGUGGUGCCCAGGCGCCCCACCUUCCACCAAUCUCUCACCGAGCGCCUCAGCGCCCUGAGGCUGCGGAGCCCCGACGCCUCCCCGGCUCGUGCGCCGCCCAGCACUCAGGAGUCUGAGAGCCCCCGACAAGGGGAGGAGCCCGAGGACAAGGAUCCGAGGGACCCCGAAGAGUCUCAGGAGCCAAAGGAGGAGGAGAAGCAGCAGCAGCGCCGCUGCAAGCCGAAGAAGCCCACCCGCCGCGACCCAUCCCCGGAGUCCCCUUCCAAAAGGGGGCCCAUCCCCAUCCGGCGUCACUAA